AUGGCGCCUGCUAACCUCCCCUCCAUCUUCAAUGCCACGAGCACUGACAUUGAGCAGCUCCUCGCUGCUCAGUGCCACAUUGGCUCCAAGAACUUGGGCGUGCACAUGCAGCCCUACCUCUGGAAGACCCGUGCCGACGGUGUCAACGUCAUCAACAUCGGCAAGACCUGGGAGAAGAUCACCCUCGCCGCCCGCAUCAUCGCCGCCAUUGACAACCCGAGCGAUGUGUGCGUGAUCUCGGCCCGUCCCUACGGCCAGCGUGCCGUCCUCAAGUUCGCCGCCCACACCGGCGCCCAGGCGAUUGCCGGUCGCUUCACCCCCGGUUCCUUCACCAACUACAUCACCCGUUCGUUCAAGGAGCCCCGCCUGAUCAUCGUCACCGACCCCCGCACCGACGCCCAGGCCAUCAAGGAGGCCUCGUACGUCAACAUCCCGGUCAUCGCCCUCGUCGACACCGACUCGCCGACCGAGUACGUCGAUGUUGCCAUCCCCACCAACAACAAGGGUCGCCACUCCAUCGGUCUCGUCUGGUGGAUGCUUGCCCGUGAGGUCCUCCGUCUCCGCGGCACCAUCUACAACCGCGAGACUCCCUGGGACGUCAUGCCGGAUCUGUACUUCUACCGCGACCCUGAGGCCGAGGCCGAGGAGAAGGUCGAGGAGGAGAAGCUCCCGGGUGUUGAAGAGGAGGGCGCCGUUGCCAUCGAGUCCGGCUUCCAGGCCGGUGCUGGUGACUGGGAGGCUGCCCCCGCUGGCUUCCCCGCUGCCGCUACCGGCGAGUGGAGCGAGAACCAGCCCGCCAACUGGGAGUCCGGCGCUGCUGCCCCCGCCGCUUCCACCGAGUGGGCUGAUGCUGCUCCCAAGGACGCGGCCGCCGGCUGGUAA